AAAACCAAAAGGUCAAACCUAAAAACAUAUAAAUCUUAAAGAAAAAGUGUACCAAAACUAUAAACUCAAAUAAUUAUCACAUAUUAAAACGCCAAUGAAUAAACAUGAUACUAGUGCCACAGAUAACGAAACAAACUCCAACACAACCACCACCAACAGCAGUAGCAGCGGCAACCAAAAAGACCAUAACAAUAAAACACAAACAAUAGAGGCAGAAGAAGCUGCCACUGAAACAGAAAUCAACCACAAUCAAAGUGAAUUACAGCAAAAAGAUGCUGAAACUGUAGAAGAUCUUGUCACAUAUAGGAACCAACAACAACCGUUAAUGCAAAACAUGCAAAAGUCACAGGCCCAACAGCAGCAACAAAUGCGGGAUGCCAAUCAACAGCAUCAACAGCAACCCUAUCAAAUGGUAUACCCCCAAAUGGCCACGGUAAUGUCUUCCAGCAAAGCUGAAACCAAAGCAGGCUUAAGAUCACCCAUCUCCUCACCCUUGGCUUUGCGCAAGAAUAGAGGUUUACCACCGGUAAGUCCAAAAUCUACACCACCUUUGCCCAGAAAACAUUAUCCCUUGGCCUACAAUGCCACCUCCGCGGGCAACAAUACAACUACGCCUAUAACGAUACCGGCGGUGCCACCUAGAAUGAUGGCAGCUGCAGCAGCCUCAAGUCCAGCCUCCAGCUUAUCAUUGUCUUCCUCAACAUCAUCACCCUCUUCAUCGCCGCCACCACCUCCCUUACCUUCCAGGGCACCGAAACUAUCAUCGAGCAGCAAUAUCCAUAGAUUAUUAAAUGAAGUCUCUGCCACAAAACCACAAAAAGCUCAAAUAUCUUCCUCUCCCAAAACAGCUCAGCCGGAGAACCCAAGUCAUCAAAUAAAUAAAAUCGAUUUGGAUAAGUUAUUAGCCCAGCAAAAGAAAUUGGAGGAGAAAACAGCUGCUGUCCAGGCCUCCUCAAAGAUGGAUGCCUCGUUUUAUGAUGCCGAAAUUGAAAUGAUGAAUAAAUACUUAAAAAGUUUACCCGACUACAGUGAAUUGGAUCGGAAAUUGCACCAGGAAUUUCAAGAGUGUGAGGAUUUAUAUGAUAAACUCAAAAAGAGGCAGGCUCCUCUAAGUAAAUCGAACUCUCAGCAAAGUGUCUUAGGUGAGGGACAAACCAAAAACAUAUUACAACCUCAGGAACUUAUGGCGAAUAAUAAUGGUCUGAGCAAGUCAUCUUCUACUAACUUUCAACUUUCUUCCAAUGUGGCCAAUCAAAAUCGCAUACAAUAUCCCUCCAUAUUCCAACAGAAACCCAAAUUGCAAAGGAGCAUUUCAAGUUCCAAUAUGCCAUAUACAGGCUCAUCAAUGCAGCAGACCUCACCGGCUUUGCAGCGAAGUCUCUAUUACGAUAAUCAUCAGCCCUUGACAGAGGAAAAGAAUUCCUCACUCAAUGGCUCGAAUAUGUCUUUAAACAAGCAAAUGCUAAAUGAAUUUUGGACGGACAAUCUGGCACAAAAUCAAAAGCGACAAACACCCAAACGCACCUUAUGGAAUUUUGACAAAAUUUGUAAUCCCACGGUGGGAGCUCCCUUAAAAGUUGAUGCUCAAACGGCCAAAAAAUUGGCCAUAUUUGAUCCCACUGUGGCAGAAGCGGCUCAAAAAGAAUUACACAAACAACCCAAUAAGUUGCAGAAAAAUGCUUCACUUUCUCAUCUGGAUAUGAAAGUACGGCAGGCAGUAACCAAAGAAGAUCUCUAUAAACUAAUAUGUAAUGAACCAUCCUCACCUAAAGCUACAGAAACCACAAACUCUGCUAAUUUUGUUAGUAAAGUACCUCUCAAAGUGGCAGCCGUCCCAUUAACACCUCUAAAUAAAAGUGUUUCAAUGACCCAUGUGCCUCAGGCAGUGGCUCAAACUCCCUUUAACAACUCCUCUACAAAUGCACCCUUUAACAGUAAUCUGCGUAGAUCUACCAGUAAAACGCAUAUACCUUGUUAUAUGAAACAUUUGCCUUCUCUCAGUCGCAGUACCUCAAAUAGUGCCAUACUAUUGCCACCCGAUCCCAAACCUUCGAAUGAAGGCAAUCAUGUUAUUAAUAGAUCUUCAUUAAAACCAAUUAAUCAGCCUCUAAUAAACAACUCAUUGACAAUGUCUGCGUCAUGUUAUGACACAACGACAUCGUCGUCGUCGUCACCGAAAACGAAUGAGACAUCUUCAGUCAAUCCACUGAGAGGUCUAUUAAAAAGUCUCUCAAGUUCAAAUGUCUAUGGAACUCCUAAAUAUAGUCCAUUUUAUGCCAGUAAACAGCAGCAGCAGACGGCAACGCAAUUAGCAGCACACGCCAGUGAAUCAUCACAGCCCAUAAAGCAACCAGUACAAAUGACAACUUCUUUGGUGGCAAAUGUUGCAGCAACAUCAAAUGCCAAUGAAAUGAAGGGUACCACAGCUUUAAAUGAUGAAAUCAUGAUGCUGAGACAGCAACAACAACAAUAUCAACAGCAAGAACAGAAACACAAACAAAAACUUAAGCAGUCUCUAAACAUAAAUGUUGCCAACAACAAUGUGGCCAAGACAAAUAUAAUAGACUCGCCAUCGUUAGAACGUAAAUCGGAAAAAAGUAAUAGUACUAUAAGUACGAGUAGUGUUACAGUUACAAACUGUUGCACCACCCACUUGCCGCAAUUAACCAAACUGACCUCAUCUUUUCAUAUACCAGCCACUCAAGAGAAAACCCAUGCUGUAAAUGCCCAUAAUGCACAGGGUGUAAGUUGUAUUGGUGGUGAUGGUCAAGGAGAACAUUUACCAAGAGUGGGUCAACAUUACAAGAUCUCAAAAACUCAAAGUGCUGCCAAUUUAGAAUUGUCAAAGCGUCAAAAAGACGCCGAUAACAAAAUAGAAAAAUGUUUCAAUGAUAUUAUGAAAAAAUCUCAACAGAAACCGUUGUCAACAACAACAACGGCCUCAGCCACAACGUCAGCAUUAACAACAACGACAAAUACAACAAGCAGCACAUCUGCAGCGAUGUCAUCACCAACAAUAGCACAUAAUUUAAAUGGCGAAAAAGUGAAUACUAAACCAGAGCCAAUAAAUAAUGAUAACAUCACCUCUUCGUUGUCGAAUCUUCAAAGCACAGCAACAACAAACCACAAGGUUAGUGAUAUUUUAACCUCUCAACCGUUAACAUCAACAACAACAGCAACAACAUCCGGCAACAUUAACAAGAACUCAUCGCAAAUCCCGGUGGCCACUACGAAUUUAACACAAAUUCCCACAAAGAAAAGUUAUCCUAUCGGCAAAUCGAAUUCGACAUCUCAAAUACCCAUGGCGAGUUUUCAAAGGCCACAGGUCAUGCAAACAAUACCUCAGCAACAUGUUGCCGAAACUAAUAAUGCGGCCAAUGUACAGCCAAAUUAUCCACAGCAAAAGAAAACGUUUUUAAAUUGGACCUCGUUUGCUUGUAAUACCAAUGAUCCCAACUAUCAGCAACCACCCAGAUUGCAGCAAUCGGGAUCUGUCAACAAUGUGGCCAGGAAAAUGCAACAUUUUCAACCUUUGCAGCAACAAAGCAAUUUGUCUACAUUUAAACCGGACUUUUUGCAAAAGAAUCCCAAUAAAGAGAAUAAAUUUCAAAUGCAGCUGCAACAACAACAACAAUUGUUUAAUAAUCAGCAACAGUGUUUGGUGGGACAACAACAACAGCAGCAGCCUUCAGCUUUUGUUUAUCAGCCACGUACGAAAAAUUCUUUAACCCAUUCGGCCUCAUUUUCGGCCGUACAAAAACCCAUUGCCUUGCAAAUGCAUUUGGGCCAACCACCUGCAACAAUGGAGCAACAAAACAAACCCCAAUACAUGGUUAAUAACUUUGGCAACAUGAUGCCGCAACAUCAUGUCAGACAACAUCAACAGGAACGUAAAAUUUUGCAAACAUUUGAUCCCUUCUACACCAACAAAUCAAUGGAGCAAAAAUUCUAUCCACACAAACCCAGUCAACAGAAUACACAGCAAAAUGUUGCAGCUGCUGCUGGUGGUGCAGGGUUUAAUCGUUAUCAGCAACAAUUUAUACCUAUAUUGCAACAUCAACAACAACAACAAGCCAAACACAAUCCAUUAAUGCAAUCGGCUUCAGCUUCGGCUCUAAAUUUCUACCAAUCUCAGCAACAACAAUCUCAGCAACAAAUAAACAGCAACACCACGCAAGUAUUUCAUCAACCCUUAAUGUAUCAGCAACAUGUGUCGCAUCAGCCACAAGUACACCAGCAACAACCACAACAAACACAACAUCCUUUGCAACAAAGCAAUUCUAUGAUUUUGAAUCAUACAAAGACCACCAAUCAAAUGUCCAAAUCCGCCCUAGGACUCCACUUUGUUGAGACAGCAAAGCCCGUCAUACAAGAUGAUCCUGAUGGCCACUUGAUUUAUCACUCUGGCGAUAUACUUCAUCACAGAUAUAAAAUCAUGGCCACCUUGGGUGAAGGUACAUUUGGACGUGUUGUUAAGGUCAAAGAUAUGGAAAGGGACUUUUGUAUGGCCUUGAAAAUCAUUAAGAAUGUGGAAAAAUAUCGUGAAGCUGCCAAAUUGGAAAUUAAUGCUUUAGAAAAGAUAGCACAAAAGGAUCCAAAUUGUGAACAUUUGUGCGUAAAAAUGAUAGAUUGGUUCGAUUAUCACGGACACAUGUGCAUUGCUUUUGAAAUGUUAGGUUUGAGUGUUUUCGAUUUCUUGCGUGAGAACAACUACGAACCAUAUCCAUUGGAACAAGUGAGACACAUGGCCUAUCAGCUGUGCUAUUCUGUGAAAUUUUUACAUGACAAUCGUUUAACGCACACAGAUUUAAAGCCUGAAAAUAUACUUUUUGUUGAUUCAGAAUACAACACACAUUAUAAUCAUAAGAUUAAUCGUGAAGUAAGACGUGUUAAAAAUACCGAUGUUCGUCUAAUUGAUUUUGGUUCGGCCACUUUCGAUCAUGAGCAUCAUAGUACCAUAGUAUCGACACGUCAUUAUCGUGCACCAGAAGUUAUACUCGAACUGGGUUGGUCCCAACCAUGUGAUGUUUGGUCUAUAGGCUGUAUUCUCUUUGAACUUUAUUUGGGCAUUACUCUAUUCCAAACCCAUGACAAUCGUGAACAUCUUGCCAUGAUGGAACGCAUACUUGGACAGAUACCAUAUCGUAUGGCACGCAAUCAUGUUCUUUACAGCAAAACUAAAACAAAAUAUUUCUAUCAUGGUAAGUUGGAUUGGGAUGAAAAGUCAUCGGCCGGUCGUUAUGUGCGUGAUCAUUGUAAGCCACUAUUUAGAUAUCAAAUGAGUGACAGUGAAGAUCAUUGUGAAUUAUUUGAUUUAAUUAAGAAAAUGUUGGAUUAUGAACCAUCACAACGUGUUACGUUAGGUGAAGCUUUACGUCAUCCAUUCUUUGAUAAACUCCCACCACAUCAGCGUGUAGGUGAUCCAGCCUCGAAAGUAAUGCAACCCGCCUCAUCUGGCAGCAGCAGCCGUGAACGUUCACACAGUUUAUCGAGAUGAGAAUUGGCACGAUUUGGUUAUUAUUAAUUAAUAACAAACACACUUUUUAUUUUCUAUAUUAUAACAACAACAACAAUAACAUACAAAAACCAAUUUUCUUUCUUAAUUUUAAACAAAUUUCACAAAACAAAAAUACAAUAAUGUUAAAAAUUUACAACAAAAGUAAAGAAACCAACAACUACUACUACAAAACUCAACACUGCUACAAACUACAACAACAACACACAGCAAAAUACAAAGCAGACGUCAUACAAAAACAAAAAGCGCAGCAAAUUUUUUAACCAAAAAAAAAAUAAGGAAAAUUUGAAAACUUAAUUUUUGUAAGUUUUUUUUUGCUUAUUUAAACUAAUAAUAAUAGUUUUAAAAUUUGCAAAUUGAUUUCAAACUUUUUACAGUAGAAACAAACUACAAAUAAUACAUAAUAACAAUUUUAUGUUAAAUUAAAAAAUAAUAAUCAUUGUAAUUGUUGUAACAUAUUUACAAUUGUUAGAAAUUUCAUUUUAUUAUAAUAAUACUUUAUAAUUAAGAAAUAGGAGCUCUUUUAUAAGCCAUCUCAAACUAAUUUUCUUAUCCUUUUUUAAAAUACAAUUAUUUUUGUAUGGUUUUAAUUUUCCUUUCUUUCACUUCAAAACUUCUUUUGUUGUACUUAAAAUUUAAAAAAGAAAAUAAAUUUUUUAGCUACUUAAAAAUUUGUUUUUUAGACAAAUUUCUUUUUAUGUAUGGCAAAAGAAAUGUUCUAAGUUUUUCCAUGCGGGAAAAAUAGAAUCUAUUUUAUUAAAAAAAAUGUAAUAAAUAAUUUUUAUUAUUUUUGUGUAUUUUAUUUACACCCACCUACAAAAUUCAUUUCAUUGAUUUAUAAUUUUUAAUAUCAUUCAUUAUUAAUUUUAGUUUUAUAUUCCUUUAUUUUUCAUUUAUCUUCUAUUCUACAAUUAGAAAAUUAAGUUUUAUUUUACGUUUCCUUUUUUUUCUAAACUACUUUUUUUUGUAUGUAAAAUUGCUUUAAUAUCUUUAAUGAUGGAUUAAGUAGUUUAAUAUUGUUAACAAUAUCAUUAUUUCUCUCUCUCUCAUUACUUUUAUAUUUUGUAAUUUUUCCCCUUUAAGAAUUACCUCAUUUAAAUGUAUCUUGUGCAAGGUAAUUAAGAAUUAUUUUAUUUGUCUUAAAUAUUUUUAUUUUACAUAUUGUAUGUAGUAAUGAUAUAAAAAAAGAGUUGAAUGUUAGAAAUAUUAGAUACAGAAAUUAAUUGAAGUUUCAUUUUAAGCAAUUUAUUUAGACUUUUUUUCAAAAUUUUAUAAUAAAUUUGAGAGUAAAACAUACAAUAUAAAAUAUUGUAAAUACAUGUUUGACUUUAUUUGGAUUUUAGUUUAAAAAAAAGAAUAUCGUUUAAAUUUUAAUAGAUAAAAACGCUAUAAAAUCUAAUGGGAGUUAAACCUCAGGUUUAUCAAGUUAUCGUCUUGGUUUUAGAAGUAACAAAUUUACGAAAAAGAAAAAAUGCUUAAAUAUGAAUAGUCCUAGAUCAGGAGUGUCAGAUACAAAUGGUCAAAUAUUGUUAUGACAUAAACUUAACUUUAUCUCAAAAAUGUUAUUUUUAAAAUAUAUAAGUUGUUGGCGACACUUUAUUUACCAUCAUCUAUUUUUGUUUUAUAUUAACAGAAUUUUUUUUAGAGAUCAAGGUGUUUGCAAUUCAAAAAAAUUACCAACAUUUUUAUAUAAAUUUUACUUCAUUUUGAUUUCAUAGAAAGUUAACCGUUUUGAAAAGUUAAUUUCUCAUAUAUAUUCUAAAAGCUUAUCAAUCGUAUUCAAGGAAAUUGUUUCUUACAAUCAAAUAAAUGAUUCUUUUAACGUAUGGGUAUGAAAUAAAUAAUGGUUCGAAGGACCAGUUUGUCAACAAUUUUAAAUCUAGUAUUUUAAUUAAGUCAGGUUAGACAGUCAUCCGUUUUUUUUUUAAUUAAAUUAAAAAUUGGUUUGAGAAAUCGAGAAUUUACUAUUGAAUUAUUGAAAAUCAUUUCUAAUUUCUUGAAAACUAAUUUAAAUAACUUUAAAAUACUCACACCUAUCGCGAAUCAAUAUUUCACAUGAAAUAUGUUCCCAUUUCUCGUUCAUCAACUUUCUGCACGUGAAAAAAUUCCUCAACAUGGGAAAUUUUUAGAUGGACUUUUGUAAACAAUAAACAUAUGUUACCAUAAAAAAUCAUGGGAAUAUCACGAUAGCAAUUUUCCCUUCGAGAGAAAUGGAUAUUUCAUGGAAACAUAAAUUUCACAUGUUUUGCCGAUAGGGGUGAAUAUAAAAUUUUUACCCCACAAGUUGAAUAUAUAGUAACAAUUUAAGAGCUCCUACAUAAUAUUUAAAAAAUACAAUACAACCAAAUGUUGUAAAUUUUAAUGUAACAAUUUUAAACAUUUAAACCAUUUUCCCAUACAAAUUCAAAAUAUAAAAUGUCCUUGUUAAACAUAUUUAAAUCAUUUAUAGUUUUACAAAAAAUUUCAGGAAAAUUUCUUCAUUAUUUUAGUGCUGUGUGUAUGUGUUCUUUUUUAUAUGUACUCGUAUACUAUAUUGAAAGUCAUUUUUUAAGUACUUUUUUUUUUGUCUUACAUUGUAAUAUUAAUUAUGUUAAUUAAAAAUAACCAAAUCGUUUGUAAAGAAGAUGUUGCAAAACACACAAAACAAUUACAUUAUAUUUUGAUGUGUAAAAUGUAUUUUUAAGUUAUAUUUAUAUAUACAAUAUAAAAUUUUAGUUAUAACUACAUAAUUGCAACAAAAAUAACAUUUAGUAAUUAAAAACAUGACAAUAUUUAGCUAGUUAUUUAAAAAAAAUCACAAUUUCUCUAGACAUAUUGUUAAUAACUAAGAUUUUAUAUUGUAUAAUAACAAAAAAUGCAGAACCAUAAUUAAAAUACUUUUUGUUAAAUUAAAUUAAUUAUGGUUUUGCUUAUUAAUAGUCCUUUAUGUAUUUUAUGUUCAUACAAUCAUACAAUCAAGCAUAAAACAAAACCUCAAAAUAAUAAAUAUACCAAGUUUUACUGUAAAAUGUAAACAGUUUUGUAAAAAGUUUAUAUAAAUUAGAGCUGCUGGGACUGAUUGUCUGUUUAAAAAUCUUAAUAAAAAAAGCAGCAUUUUGAGUUUAUAUGAUUCUUAAUAUAGAAAUAUUAAAAUUGAAAAUAUAACAAAAAAAUAUAUAUAUACGUAUAAGUUUAGUAAAUUGUUUUAAAACACAAAACUGUAAAUUAAAUAGUUGAAAAACUUACAAAAAGAAAAACAAACUCAAAUUAAAUUUUGAUUAUUUAUCUAUAAACAUUAUAAAAUUAAGUCAUAACUUCAAUUAGUUAACACAAUCAUUUUUAUAUAUUUAAAAUAGUAAAAAACAAACCAUCAAUUUCAUUAAGCAACCUGAAAAGAAAGAAUAAUGUUUUGAUGCAAAUUUUGAAAUACAUAAGUUACUUUUAUCAUGAAAAGAGAACUGCAAAAGCAAAAGAAAACACCUUAAUUUUGAACUUUAUUGUUUAAGUUUGAGUACUUUUAAUUUUAUUAUAUAGUUUUUUUGUUUUAUUAAAAAGAAAAUAAAUAAAAAACCACAAAAUAAGUUUGUAAUAUAA